AUGGACUCCAGUUUCCGGUCAUGUAUACGAGAAAGCGAAGCGCUUCGCUCAACAAGAUUUCGUGAUGACAUCCCCGACGCUCCCGACUGGACACGUAAUACGAAGUAUUCGCUGCGGGAGCUAACAUCCGUAGCAUACAUUGUAACAGUUCCAAGGCCUGAAUCAAGAGAAUCCCCUCGCGGAAACGCCCCAAUGAAUGUGCAAGUGCAGAAUAGACGACAAGAAGUCCUAGACACUUGUUUGAGUCGACGAUUGCUCAGCGUGCGCUUCCCUGCCAUUCUUGAAACAACUGGAGUGGAUGAGAAAGCAGGAAGGGGAGAACUGAGGAUCACUAAGAUAUCGAACGAAGGCCAUGCGAUGCGUUUCGGCUACUUACCUGUAGAAACAAAGGCAGAGGCGAUAACCGAUUUCAGUAAAGGAUUCCAACCAUGCUAUGACUUGGGAAUGAUGGCGGGAGAUACCACAGUUGCUUUUUUCGGCUCUAAAGUGGGGAGCGAAAGUGAAUGGGAAGGUUUGAAGCCGACUAGCCAACUCAUCAUCCCCAUAACUACCCACUACACCCAAGAUAACCAGGGGUUGACUUGCGAUACGGGCAUCUCUGCACAUAUGUCCAGUGUUGGGAUAAGAAACAAUGGCAAGGGAUCCUUUGAUCCGUUUCCCUUGAAUUUGUUUGAACUCAAAUGUCGAUCGUUACAAUGA